AUGGAAAGUCAUUUAUCAAAUGCAAUGUUUAUAAGUGAAAUACCUGUUCGUUAUAUGUCAUUGACAGGGAAUAAUGAAAAAGUAAUUAAAUGGAUUAGUAAUUUAAACAAUCAUACGACUGCUCGAGAUGUUAUUCGAUUAAUUUUACCAACAUGUGAUUCAAACAAUUAUUUACUUUAUAUUUAUACUGAUUGUAAGAAAAAACUUUUAAAGGAUUCAGCAUGUAUUUAUAAAGUUAUUGCAAAAAUUAAUCAAAAACAAUAUUCACGACGUUUAUUAUUUGAAAUACGUUUAAAAAAAGUUAAAAAACAUGUUCGAUUUGCUGAUGAAAUUCUUAUACAAAAUAUUAUUCAACGACAAUGUUUAUCCGAUGAAACAAUUCGAAAUAAUAUUAUUGAAACAAUAUCAAAGCCAUGUGAAAAACAUUUAGAAAAAAUAAAAGAAAAUUUUCAAAAACAUAUUCAUCAACAACAAGAAAAUAAUAUUAAAGUAUCUUCAAAGUCAAAACGAUCAUCAUUAAAUAUAAUCAAUAAAAAUAUUCCACAUUCAUCUAGUGAAUCGGGUAUUAGUUCAAAUUUAUCUGCAGAUGAUUCAUUUGUACCAACAAAAACAAUCUUCGAAACACUUGUUUGA